GUAUUUCCGGUUAAUCGAUCGCAGCCACCAACUUCCGACUUCCUUUGUUCUUUCAUCGAAAAACCCUAGACAGUGACAUCAGUUCCAGUUUCUUCUUCAAGAAUUUCAAUAGGAGCUCAGAGAAUUGCAGAUGGACUUCGACGAGUACGAAUACCUCGAGAAGACCGUCGAGGAAACGGAACGUGACGCGUCGUCCUCAAAGAAGAACAAGGACAAGGACGCCACUGGAGACAAGAAUGAGAAAGGUUACAAGAGGAGAGAUAGGGACGAGGAGGACGGCAGCGGCGACGACGAGGACCUUAAGAUUAAGAAAUCGAGAGCCGAUUAUGAAAAUGGCGGGAGACGAGAUAAGGAUGACCGAGGAGAUAGGUCUUCCAGGUCAGAACGGCAUCGGAGCAGCAGGGACAGAGAUGUUGAGAUAGAGAAGGAUCGACGUCGUAGUAAUAGAGACAGGGAUAGAGAGUCCGAUAGAGAUAAGGAUAGAGGUUCGAGAGAGAAGGAUAAAGAUAGGGAUCGAAGGGAUAAAGAGAAGGAGAGAGAAAGAGAAAGGUCUCGAAGAAGCAGGAGCAGGAGCAGGUCCAAGUCCUCUAGGAGGAUUGAUUAUAGUGAUCGUGACAGAGAGAGGGAGAUUUUGAGAGAGAAGGAACGUGAACUAGAAUCAAGAGAGAGCAGAAGAUACAAAGAUAAGAAAGAGGCAGUGGAGCCUGAACAUGAUCCAGAGAGGGACCAGAGAACAGUUUUUGCCUUUCAGAUGCCUCUGAAAGCAACUGAGAGGGAUGUAUAUGAGUUCUUUUCUAAGGCAGGAAAGGUCAGAGAUGUGCGUCUGAUCAUGGACAGAAACUCAAGGCGGUCAAAAGGAGUUGGGUAUAUUGAAUUUUAUGAUGCAAUGUCGGUGCCAAUGGCGAUUGCACUUACUGGACAACUACUUAUGGGGCAACCAGUCAUUGUUAAGCCAUCAGAAGCUGAAAAGAACCUUGUCCAAAGCAACACAACUGGGGCAGGUUCAGCUGUCGGACCGUAUGGUGCUGUUGAUCGAAAACUUUAUGUGGGUAACCUUCACUUCAACAUGACUGAACUUCAGCUUAAGCAGAUAUUUGAGGCUUUUGGACCUGUUGAGCUUGUGCAACUACCUACUGACCCGGAGACGGGGCACUGCAAAGGAUUUGGAUUUAUUCAGUUUGCCAAACUUGAAGACUCCAAGGCUGCCUUAACUUUGAAUGGUCAGUUAGAGAUCGCGGGUCGGGUUAUCAAGGUUUCAUCAGUUACUGAUCAUGUUGGUGUGCAAGAUUCAGGAGCCAAAGCAGCUGAUUUUGAUGAUGACGAUGGAGGUGGUCUGGCAUUAAAUGCACAAUCGAGAGCGUUGCUUAUGCAGAAGCUUGAUAGAAGUGGCACUGCAACAAGUAUUACGGGAUCUAUUGGAGUAGCAGUGAAUGGCACAGGUUUAAGUGAACAACAGGGUGCUAUUACAUUAGGCAUGAAUGGAGUAGGUGGCUUUCCAGCAGCCACAGUUGUUCCAGCAAUUGUUGCUUCUCUGGCUGCAACAGAGCCUAUUGGGAAGCCAAGUGAAUGUCUUCUGUUGAAGAAUAUGUUUGAUCCUUCUGCAGAGAUGGACCCAGAAUUUGAUAUGGAAAUCAAAGAUGAUGUUGAAGAAGAAUGUUCCAAAUAUGGUCAUGUGCUACAUAUCCACGUUGACAAGAAUAGUGCUGGUUAUGUAUAUCUGAGGUUUGAAACCAUAGAAGCAGCCUCGGGUGCCCAAGCAGCAAUGCACAAGAGGUGGUUUGCACGCAGGUUGAUUUCAGCCGUAUUUUUGCAACCAUACGAGUACGAUGCAAAAUUCAAACGCUCUGCAUGAUGUUGCAGAAGAAAACCCUUCUCUUUUAUUUUUCCAUUCUAGGGAUGCCACCAAAUGCCGGUUUUCUAUUUUUUCCGCCUUAUUUUGAUCUAGAAAGGACAUUUAAAAAAAAAAAUAUUGCUUAUGUAAUGUUAGUUAUGGAAUCUGAAGUUACUGGUGUAACUUUAUUGUAAAACCAACCUAUUAUAUUUGUUUCAAUUACCUUAGG